GCUGAUUUAAAUCUUGCAAGUAAGGAAUGAACGAACGGAUCUCUCCUUACGAUUAUUUCGUUUAGUAAAUAUCUGUAUCGCGUUAACGACAAUUAAUUUCUCUUUUUCUUUCUUUCUGUUAUUUUUUUUUUUUUAUUUUUUUACUUUUUUAAAAAACACGACUGUAUUUCAAACAUCAAAUGAUAAAUUUUUUGAUUGUAACAAUUGUAAGAAACGUAUAGUAUACGUAUCUGUAUUAUACACGUACACAUAUGUAACAUACACGCACACACAUGUAUAUAUAUAUAUACGUACACAUAGAGGAAGAAACAUAACCCAAAAGUAAUAUUUUCCCGCGCGAAGAAUAAAAUUCGCGCCAAAGUGUUAUCGCAGAUUAACCAAUCAGAGAUCGGUUAAGAGUUUGUGACGUAGCGUUUAAAGCGCUAUACGUCGAGUUGUGUCGGCCGCCGCCAUGCCAUGCGGUCAUCGUGGAACUGACGUGACUAUCUUUUACGUGCAAUAUCAUAGAGUAAAUCGUUAAGAAAAUAAAAUAUUUUUCUUGAUUUGUAUUCUUCGUUUGUGUAAAUGUGAGAAUAAUGUAUCGUAAUCGUUAACGUGAGUUCGUCGUUAAAGGACAAGUGACGUGUUCUUGUGAAAUAGAAGGCGUAGGACCCGCUCCCUGUCGGUUAGAAAUUGGCCAACGGCGGUAGAGAUUUGAAUGCAUCGUUUAGUGAAACGAAGAAAUCAUUAAAGGGAUGCUGAAAGAGUCGAUCGAUAAAAAGAGUGGGGGAAAAAGAGAGAGAGAGAGAGAGAGGAGAGAGAGAGAGAGAAAGAGAAAGAGAGAGAUGUUUUCUAACCUCUUCACGUGAAGUCUACGUUGGCCUAAUUUUUUUUAGUGCACCGGAAGAGAAGCGCGUUUCUAUUUAUAGGUUAGUUUCCUACGAAAUUCUACCUAAAUCUUUUCGAUAAUAUCGUUUAUAUAGAAGAGAAAAAUUUAUGUCGAACUCAAGAGAUGCCCGAAUCACAUUUUGUGUUUGUGUGUUUGUCCUGCGUGUGUGUUUGUGUUCGAACAUUGUGUAUGUGAAACAUAUGUAUGAGAAUGUACAUAUAUAUAUAUAUAUACACGAACGAUAGCCGCUUAUACGGUCUUCCCCCAAUGUCCAGUGAAAUUCGAACGAAAGCAGCGCCAUAACGACGCGCAUGAUUACACAAGCGGACUAAACACGCAAGUUGCCUGCAUAAAAGAAUUCAUUUCUAACGAGAUGCAGCUGGAUAAAUAUUUAGAAUCAUCUAACACUAUAAUAAAAUAAAUAAAUAUUCAAACAACGAAGACAAUUUGGAAAGGAAUGAUCAUGAUACGAAUAGACGAGGACGAAGAAAGGAACGGCUACAAUGAGAUAAGAUCGAUGAUGAUGAUUCGUGACGGAAGUUCGAAGCACGACGUCGAUUCAUUGACUUCCGAUUCAUUUGAAAGUCUCUCCGUGAAGGAUUGCAUUUAUCGAGGGGAAGGAAAUGCUAACAUCGUUGUCACUCUAAUGCAUGAGCAGAAGGUAAUCCGAUUCCGGAAAUCGUUACCAAGGGAGACUUUGUCGGACAACAACGACGACGAUGAAGACGUCGACGAGAACGAUGGGAACGACGAUGAGAAAAUACGCGUAAAACGAGAAGCGGAAUUCGUUAGGCACGUUGUUUCCGGUUACUUGGGUUCUUACGUUCGUGUACCAGAGAUCGUUCGUUACGAUGCAAAGGACGUAACCAAACUUCUCGAAAUUAUUCGACCAUUUCGUUCAGAAAAAAGGAAAUACAAGAAGAAAGUCAAAAUAUAUGCCAUGAAAAUGCCAGAUUAUACUUUUCUUCCAUCGAUGUUCGCCAAAUUAGAUCAUGAUUUAUUUAAAAGUAAAUCGACGUUUGCCGUAGAAAUAAAACCUAAACAGGGAUAUCAACGUAAAGAGGAACAACGAUUGCAAAAGUGUCCGUAUUGCCUUGCACAGUAUUACAAGUUUAAUGAGAAAAUGAUCGAUGAUAGAAGCAGUUAUUGCCCGUUCGAUCUUUUCUCAGGGGAUGUCGAACGUAUGAACGGAGCGAUCAAAGGCUUGUUAAGAUCACCUCAAAAUAAUUUGAAGAUUUUCAAGGAUGGAACGAUCGUUUACGAUCAAGAAUUUUCAACGAAUGAUCUUGAAACUGUAUUAAAUGAUUUUUAUCAAACUGCUGAUAUUUCUACAAAAGAUAUCAAUGUAAAUUUGUUCAGCAAUUUAAUUUGUGCUAUAUUAUUGCACUCUUAUCCUCAGAGUAAACGUUCAGAGUUAAUGCGAGCUAAAUUUAAACGUAAUCGCUUUUAUCAUAUUUCUGAACGUGACAAUGAAGUUAUUCGUGACACCAAUGAGAAACUCCUUUCAAAAACAAGAAAACUUUUUUAUCUUUUACAGGAAGAAUGUAAACGUGAAAGUAAUAAUGAUCUACCAAAGGACUGUAUAUUGGAAAGAAUACUUUCAAUGCAAAGAUUACCAUAUGUCGGUACAGAACAUAUCUAUGAUAUCUACGAUAAACAUUCAACAGUGAUAAACGAUGAGAUCAUAUAUUCUCAUUUAAUAAAUUCUUCUUGGAAUUAUACGAAAGAAGAACACAAGGAUACCAAUGGAAAUCAUACUGACAAUUGGCCAAGUACAACUUCUAAAAUUAAAGAGAAUAUUGAGUUAAUUAAAAAUACAGAUCAAUGGAAGGAAAAUAUUUCUUACUACAACGAUAAGUUAAUAGAUAAAAGUAAUAAUGAUAAUAUCGAGUAUAAAAAUGAUAAAAUAUCAAGCAACAUAAAUAAUAAAGAUCUAAUAGCAUUACAAAAUUAUCUUUUAUUUUGUACUGCAAGAGAUUGUUCAAUAUUAAUAACUUUUCGACAAUUAAAACCGGAAGCACUGUUGUCCGUUCCACAAGAAUAUGUGAUCAAAAUAUCUAAAGAUCUUUGUUUUCUUACCAGUGUUAAUGUUACCGACUUGGAUCCAAAAAGUAUGCAUAGUAUUAAAAGGCAUCGUCAAAGAGACAUAGAUAUUCUUAAUGCAGUAAUAUCUGUAUUAAAAGAAGAAUUAUCUUUAAAUGAUCAUCAAUGAAUAUUCAAGAUAGAUA